AUGGGUAAUGCAGCACAAAAAAUAAUUCAUGCCCAUGAACUUCUACAAUCAAAUGCUCUACCACUGCGUCAGGGUUACUCAGAUUAUCGAUCACAUUCACAGCCAUUUACUACUACGGAUGCACCAUGGAAUGUAACUCAAUGGAUUGAUCCAUUGGAUCCUCAUCCAAAAAUAACUACAAUGCCUAUUUUAGUCAUCGUUCGUAAAUAA